GCGGGCGGGCGGGGCGGGGCGGCCGGGAGCCGAGCGGGGCCGAGCGGGGCCGAGCGGGGCUGAGCGGAGCGGAGCGGCCGGGAGGAGGCGGCGGCGGCGCCGUCUGAGGGAAUGCAGGCGGCCGCCAACAUGGCUGCGGCCGCCCGGGCCGCGCGGCCCCUUGUCCAAAGCAGCAGCUCCCUGCGGGUCCCCGUCCGAUGGCAAGGCCAGGCGUCCGCGGCCGUGGCGGCCAAGAGCACGAAGCCCCAGGUUCAGCCAGAAGCGCGGAAACCUAAAACAGGAAUCUUGAUGUUAAACAUGGGAGGUCCAGAAAGGCUGGAUGAUGUGCAUGACUUCUUACUUCGUCUCUUCCUGGACAGGGAUCUAAUGACGCUGCCAGCACAAAAUAAGUUAGCACCGUUCAUCGCUAAGCGCCGCACGCCGAGGAUCCAGGAGCAGUACAGCAGGAUUGGAGGUGGGUCCCCGAUCAAGAAGUGGACGGCAGUGCAGGGAGAAGGCAUGGUGAAGCUGCUGGAUAGCAUGUCUCCUCACACAGCGCCUCACAAGUACUACAUCGGGUUCCGGUACGUGCACCCUCUGACGGAAGAGGCGAUCGAGGAGAUGGAGCAGGACGGCAUCGAGCGGGCCAUCGCCUUCACGCAGUACCCGCAGUACAGCUGCUCCACCACAGGAAGCAGUUUAAAUGCGAUUUAUCGCUACUACAAUAAAAAGGGGGAGAAGCCAAAGAUGAAGUGGAGUAUAAUUGACCGGUGGCCCACACAUCCCCUGCUCAUCCAGUGCUUUACCGACCACAUACAGAAGGAACUGGACCUGUUUCCACCUGACAAAAGGAAAGAUGUUGUCAUCCUUUUCUCAGCUCACUCGCUCCCCAUGUCUGUAGUGAACCGUGGUGAUCCAUAUCCACAAGAAGUGGGAGCUACUGUUCAGAGAGUCAUGGAGAAGCUGAACUACUCCAACCCCUACCGGCUGGUCUGGCAGUCCAAGGUUGGGCCAAUGCCUUGGCUUGGUCCGCAGACAGAUGAGACCAUUAAAGGCCUGUGUCAAAGAGGAAAGAAGAACAUGUUGUUGGUCCCAAUAGCAUUUACAAGCGACCACAUUGAAACGCUUUAUGAACUGGAUAUUGAGUAUGCCCAGGUUUUAGCAAAUGAAUGUGGAGUUGAAAACAUCAGAAGAGCAGAAUCGCUGAAUGGAAAUCCACUGUUCUCUAAGGCUCUGGCAGACUUGGUCUGUUCACACAUCCAGUCGAACGAAGUCUGCUCGAAGCAGUUAACGCUCUGCUGUCCGCUCUGUGUAAAUCCUGUCUGCAGGGAGACAAAAGCUUUCUUCACUAAUCAGCAGCUGUGAUGAGCAGUGCGGGAUGGCACGGCUGGCUUGUGCAGGAAAAUUGCCCUGGUGAAGCGGUGCAAAGGAAAAUCUGCUUGACGGAGCUCUCUUGUGUUACAUACUUACAGGCUGGUAGUCUCAGUGGUGUUAACCUCUAUAGCAGCUUGGAGAAUUUGACUUUUUAUUUUAAAUUUUUUUCUUAUGUUUUCUUUGUUUGAGAAGUGUUUGUAGAAAGUAGGGAAACAAGGGUGUUUGUUCUGAGACGUGAAUAGGUCUCAUCUCAUCUGAUUCUGGUUGGACUUAGCAUGAAAGCACGGAAAAGCCUAACAAGCUUUUAUACCAAUUGGCUUGUUUCCUGCAGAGGGAUUUCUUUGUAUGCAUUUUUUUUCAUGAGUGCAUUAAUUUCAGUUUUCCAGUGCAAGCACACAAUUACUUUGUUUUGUUUAUGCAAGGCAUAGCAUAACCAGCAUCAUCACCAGUUGUCUCUUCUGAGAGCAAUCUCUUCAGAUGGGUUUGAAGAUCAAGUGACUUCUAAUGCUUUUUAAAUAAUUGUAUAUUUUUUUAGAACAUAAAGCUAAGGUUUUGUUUUGUUUCUUCCUGCCAGAAACUUCCUGUGAAAGCUUAGCUGGGUUAGUAAAACUCACAAGACUUGUUUACAUUUUCUAGAUUAAAACACUUUCAUCAUCUGCAGGAAAGCCCCAGCACUUGAAAAGCAUAACAGUGAAAGACAAAAUUCUGUUUGGACAAUGCUGAAGAACGUGUGCACUUGACACAAACUGUGUAUGUUUCAAAUCUAGCAACCAUCAGCAGCGUGAGUUGAAACAUACUGGUUCGUUUUCAGCAAAGUGACUUUAUUAUUAUUAUUAUUAUUAUUAAAAAGGGCUUUCUCUGUUUGGUUAAGGAAAUUUAGUCAGGCUCCUUCUCUAGAAGGUUUAUAGAUCUGCUCUGUGCUUUCUACUGUGUCACAGUGCUGUGGUAUUUGUGGGUAUCUAUGGACUUCCAUAGGUACAAUUGAUCUAGCCUAAUUGAUGUUGUUAUUUAAAAGUGAGAUGAUGAAUCAGGAGUAAUUCACGUUGCAGAUGCCUGAGCGCAGAGAGGCGAGCAGGCCCCUCGUGCUGCCGGCUGUGUGCUUACACGUACCUUUGUCAGAAGCCACGUUUUGUCUGUUACAUUUCUGGCACCAGUCGUGAGCCUGGAGUUAAUGAACUCGUAACCCAUCUACACUUCUUGCUUGUUUCGGCAGGAGUUCGGGUGCUGAGUCCCCCUUAGUGGUGGUAGCUGUGUGCGUGAGGAGCCUUCCGAGGGCAGCAUCCCUUCGCUGUCAGCACCAGGACUGGCACCCAGGCUGGUCUCGGGAUGGGAGGGGACUUCUUUCGGAGGCUGUCACCACACAGCACGCCUGAUCUCGGCACCUGAAGUAGCGUAGGGUAGGAGCACUGCAGCACCUCAGUCACUGGGCCUCCCCGCAGGGGCCUCCCUGGCGGGCUGGAGGAGCCGCCAAGCUGUGAGUGUCUGCAGGGACUGAGCCAUAUGAGUAUUAGUCUAGCUGUCGCCUUCGUGGAUGUCAAUGUUUACUUCACUGAACUAGCACUGAAACGCCAGUCCUUUGGCAAUGCAGGUUGUUUCCUGUACAGUGAUGAUUCAGCUAACCGUGAGGUUUGGGAAGCAGGUGCCCUGCUGCUCAGACAGGUUUACUCGCGGGUGUAACUGAGGCACGAAGAGUUUGAGCUUCUGGUCUUUCAAUGGUGGGCUUGAUUAAAAAGAAAAUAGGCCUCUGGUGUAACAGAGAUUGAUCUUGUUCUAUUUUACUGCUAAAGGAGUUAAAGGUGGGGUAUUAAAGAAAUGAAUGGAUGCCGUGCUGGCCAGCCAGUGGGCCAGGUACUGCCAGGGAGCGAUGUAAAUCCUGGUCUCCUGCCUCGGUAGGGCCCACGGCCCCCCAGUAAGUCUUGAGGGUCGUUUGAAAAGUCUCCACUGCCAUCCAGCAGCUUCCGAAUGUGACUGUGGUGAGACAGAAUUAAACUCCUUCAGUGCCAGAACUGCCUGUGUUACUGCUGCCCCCUUGUUGCUGUAGCAGAAACAAAGUCUUCCUCCACCCUUUGUACCUGUGCCUCUUCUCCGGGCAGGGAGACGCAGGGGCAGCUCUGCCGAUGCCAAGGACGUGCCACUGUGUGCUCCCUGCCCUGGGCUUUUGACUUCCAGAACCUUGCUGUGUUUGUAGUGCUCCCCGACUAGCAGAGGUGUACGGUUUUCAAAGAGUGGGAGAAUAUAGGGGAAUUUUUUCCCUUUUGUAGACAUGAGUAGAGACCGGGCUUUAGAGUGUUGAGUAGGACCAGUAGCGUGACCACAAGACACUACCUAGUCAAAGUUGGCUCUCUCCAGGACCUUUGGUUGCCUUCAAGUCUUUAGCUCAGUCUGUCUUGGCAUGGAGAGUACCUGAAUUCCCGCAUCAGUGCUGCAGGGAGUUUGUUACGUGUCUCCCUUCUGCCUUUCUUGCUCAGCUCGUGCUCUCUGCUCGCUGCCGCAGCAGGAAAAGGGAAUGCGAAGCUGAUUCCUGCCCUCUCAGGCAGAGUAAGUAGGGGUAUCAUGUAUGAAGGGGUGACAUUUUUAUGGAGAGGCUUUGAAUCAAUGUCAGAGGACUGACAAUGUCAGCAGUACGUGUGGGGAGCGAAUCCCUUGUGUCUCCUGUUGUUGGAUGAACUUUUCUCCAUUCCCACUUCUCUGCUUGAUGCUUGUGGGUGAGUGGCAAACAGUCUGUUUUGUAAAAACUUCCCACUCAUGCCUCUUUCCUACCAGCUGAAGGUUAUUGCGACCUCCAGACCCAGGUUGCCACCAGCACAUUUCAGUGUCUGCAGCUGAAAACUGAAGGUUGAUUUUAUGUGAUCAUUGCAAUGCUAUAAAUACAGAUCAGCUUUUUAUUUCCAUACUGGAGAGAGUACUGAAAAUAUUAGCUGGCACUAAUUAUGAGGCAUUAUGUUUGUCCCCAGUAAUAAAAGGUAUUUAAAAUGCACUUUUUAGUAUGCUAACCACAAGUGAGAUAAUUACUAAGCAUCUUUAGCAAUUGUUGCUAUUAGGCCAUAAUGCAGAAAUCACUUAAUUUUCUAGCUUUUAGCAGAUGUCUCUCAUCUCAUAGAGUUGGUGGGGUUUUUCAUUUUGCUUAAUAGUUUAUUGUGAUAUCACUCUCCUGCUAUUUAAUGCACAUUAUUUUGUCUUAGAGCAGCAUCAAAAGCCUGUUGAAAAGCUAUCUGAGCAAGUUAAGUAGCAGCUCCACUAUUAUUUUUAAUAGGAAUCAGUUUCUUCCCCUGGCAUUUAAAAAUUCAAUUUUAAAAAAGAAACCAGAGAGACUGGUAACAGUGGGAAUUCUGCUGCCGUUGAGACCUUCUGAUGCUGGGUUUGAUGUCUGGGAGCAUUUCCCACUACGUUAACCGGCAGUGGAAUUCUCCUGACCUUACUGAGAUGCUUCCAAUCCUGAUGUCAACAUCUGAGCUGGUCUCCUAGGUACUGUUCGUGGUCAAAAGCUGUUUUUUCAUAAGCGCUUCUAAGAAAGGAUUCAUCUCCCCUCCGAGUGGAUGCCCGCAGCGGGCUGGCUGAGUUCUGCCCUGCUGCUGCCCUGCACGCCCGGCGCGAGGAGAGGCGAAUCCCAUCCACCUGUGCCUUCCUGGUAGCACCCUGCGGUGCUCUGUAGCUGCUGUGGCUGCGAGACUGCGGGUGUGAUCCCCCAGUUAUGCAUUCGGUUUUCCCCUCUGGCAGACUUUGAACAUUUGGUGCUAUUGACUCAGGACCCGGUCCUGUCAGAUCCUGAGCACUUUGCUCUGAAUUAUCUGAGUGCGUGGAAGUGUCAGCCUCUGGGAGACUGCAGUCUUCUGACAGAAAUCUAGUCUGAUUUUUUCCAUUAUUAAUUAUUCUCCUUUCGCAGUACUGCAGCUCCCAGCUGACGGUGCGGGCUGGCACACAGCUGGGGAGCGAGAAGCCAACCUGGUGCUGCCGAGCUCUGGCCUGAGCCUGGUUAUCCUCAGGAAAAAGGUGGGGAGGGAAAGGUGCUUGCGAAUGGAGUGCUGUGAAGAAUUUGCUCAUGGUGAGACUGUCCUGAUGGAAGUCUGCAGUUUGGCUUUUUUCUUUUCCCUUUUUUUAGUUGAAGUUUUUCUCUUUUGGAGUUUAAUAAAAUCUCCCUCGGUACUGGGUGCAUUUUAGAAAAUGUGAUAGCUUCCAAAAGCGGUGCUGUAAUAUUAAAAGGCGUGUGAAUAAUGUCAGCAGGCUACGCUCCCACUUGCCAUGGAGAAGCAGAUGUUGCAGUUGAGGUCAGUGGGGCCAGGAUUUUCCUAGGAAUAUUUAGAAGCUCGCUUUAUGUUCCCUUUCUGUCACAACAAGAGAGCUGGAAAUCAACAUGAAAUGUAAGCUGUAAAGGAGAGAGAAAUCAUGUUUAUUUUUUUAAUACCAGAUGUGUACAAAUACUUGCUCUUAGUCCUACACGUGUAUUUCAGAUUGAACAAGGACUUCCAUUUAAUGUAAUUAACAAUUUGUAUAAUCUUGCUGUGUACUGUUUACCACGAAGUUGGAAUUUCAAUUAAAGUUUUUUGGAACAAGGAA